GAGGUCAGAGGGAUAGGGCAGGUUUUAUUUUGGGUAUCGGCGACCUCCCCCUCGGGCGCUGGGCCUGAGGCGUAGCAGGGACUGCACAGAGCAGGCACCAGCGGCCUCGAGGGCCUGCACCAGGACACAGUCAUGCUCAUAUCGGCUGCGUCGAUGGCACCCGAGGUGUGCGGCCCAAGCCUCCAGGGAACCCCUGGACCCCCACCGCCCCUGCUGCCCAAGCCAGGGAAGGACAACCUGCGUUUGCAGAAGCUCCUGAGGAAGGCAGCCCGGAAGAAGAUGAUGGGAGGUACGCACCUCGCUCCACCCAGGGCCUUCCGCACCUCCCUGUCCCCCGUGAGUGAGGCCAGCCAUGACCAGGAGGUCACAGCCCCGCACGCUGCUGAGGGCCCGCACCCCGCCGAAGCCCCACGCCUUCCUGAAGCCCCGCGCCCCGCCGAGGCUCCCCGCAUGGUGGCUGCCCUACCCCGCUCCCCGCACACCCCCAUCAUCCACCACGUGGCAUCACCCCUGCAGAAGUCCACGUUCUCCAUUGGCCUCACCCAGCGCAGGAUUCUAGCCGCUCAAUUCAGGGCCACGGGGCCCCAGGUUGUAGCCUCGGCCCCAGAACCUACCCGGCCCCCCAGUGGCUUCGUCCCUGUCUCUGGGGGUGGGGGCACCCACGUCACCCAGGUGCACAUCCAGCUGGCACCAUCCCCACACAAUGGGACCCCUGAGCCUCCCAGGACAGCCCCAGAAGGGGGAUCCAACAGCCAGGAUGGAGAUGCCACCCCAAGUCCCCCCAGGGCCCAGCCCCUGGUCCCAGUGGCUCACAUCCGCCCGCUGCCCACCGCAGUCCAGGCUGCCAGUCCCUUGCCUGAGGAGCCCCCUGUACCACGGCUGCCACCCGGCUUCCAGGCCUCGGUGCCCAGAGAGGCUAGUGCCAGGGUUGUGGUGCCCAUAGCCCCGACCUGCCACUCGCUGGAGUCUUCACCGCACAGCCUGGCCCCCGUGGGCCCUGGCAGAGAGCACCUGGAGGAGCCCCCGAUGGCUGGCCCCGCCUCUGAGGCCGAGCGAGUGUCCAGCCCUGCCUGGGCCUCAUCCCCUACCCCACCAUCAGGCCCUCACCCAUGCCCUGUCCCCAAAGUUACACCCAAGCCCCGGCUCAGUGGCUGGACGUGGCUCAAGAAGCAGCUGCUGGAGGAGGCCCCAGAGCCUCCGUGCCCAGAGCCGCGGCAGAGCCUGGAGCCAGAGGUGCCCGCCCCCACAGAGCAGGAGGUGCCUGCCCCCACAGAGCAGGAGGUGCCCGCCCUCACCGCACCCCGGGCCCCCGCCUCCCGGACCUCCAGGAUGUGGGAUGCCGUGCUGUACCGCAUGUCAGUGGCGGAGGCCCAAGGGCGCCUGGCAGGGCCCAGCGGUGGGGAGCACACCCCAGCCAGCCUCACCCGCCUGCCCUUCCUGUACCGGCCUCGCUUCAACGCCCGGAAGCUGCAGGAGGCCACCCGGCCCCCUCCCACAGUCCGCUCCAUCCUGGAGCUGAGCCCCCAGCCCAAGAACUUCAACCGCACAGCGACUGGCUGGAGGCUCCAGUGAAGUGGCCAGAAUGGCCCCCAGAGCUCAGGACCAUGGGAUGGACAGAAGAAGGGGCUGAGGCUCUAGCUGGGGGCCCAUAGUUGCUGCAUGAAGAUGCACCAGGGCCCAAGGGGCAUGGGGUGCAGGGCAGCCUGGGAAGGGCACAUGGGGUGCUGAGGGAAGUCUGCGUGGUUAGGAGGGUGGUCAGGUGGACGGGGCAGAGAGGACGAGCUGGAGCCCCUGGGCUGCAGUGGUGUGAGGGGAACAGAGAAGGGGUCUGCGUCGGGAUGUAGGAUGGGGGCCUUGGGAUGAAAACUUUAGGUAAGAUGGCAGAGGACUGCACCUACUGACCUAGCCCAGGCUCCUCAGGGGCCUGGGCCUCUCACUGAUCCUCCCUUUUGCUGUCACCUUUUGCUGUCAAAGGUUUGGGGCCAGAUCUCUGCUUGCUGAGGCAUGGGUGCGGUCAGGCUGGCUUGGCCAUCGGCGUCAGGAGCAGUCAGCAGUUUUGCUGCCUGUGCUUCCUGAUGGCAGAGCCAGAUCCUGGGACUAGGGUGCAGGGGGGAGCCUUCAGCCAGCAUGGGACUUGGCACCAAUACAAGUGCUCAGGGGCAGGCAGGGAGGGGCUCAUCAGGGGUGGAGGAGGGCCCAGCGUGACCUCUCUCUCGGCCCACCUCUGCUUCCCCUACCUGGGCUGACAGCCUGAGGGGGCAGAACUCGAGGGAUUCGCUGGUGGGACAGCGAGGGUCUCAGCACUGGCCAUGCCCAGGCUUUGACAGCUGGAUGAGGAGGGAGCCCUCAGUCCCAACCCUAUGGGAACAGCUUGGCCAAGCGGGACAGAGAAGGGGCUGUGGCCCUGGUGGGGAGAGUGGAGGGGCCCACUCAGCAGUCAGCCAGGCUCUGGUGGGGGUGGCCAACCACAGGAGAGGGGCACAGAGGUACCAGAAAAAGCCUCUGCCACAGCUGCUUGAGAGUCAGGGUUUGGCAGGGGAAGAUGGUAGGAGGACAGCUGCCCCACCCUGUGGUGUGAUGGGUGCUGGAAAUGGAGCCUGGGGCCCAGGUCACUAAUAAAUGUGUGGCUCACCAUG